UUGGGGGCAAGUUUGUACAUUCUUCCCUUUCUUCCUCCUCCAUUAUAGCUCACUGCACUUUCUUCCUCUCUUCUUCCUCCUCCAUCAAUCAUCACAUACAUCACCACCUAAGGUGGUUAAAAUUGCUUCCACGAAUAAGAUGCUACUCCUAAGGGAUUGAUGUGGCCCUAAUUUACACCCUUUUGCUACUAGGGUGUCUUUUUGUCACCGUCGCAAAGCGGGAGGAAGGAGGAAGAAGGGAAGAAGAAGAGGGACGCGAUGACUAAUAAUGACCGACGAGAUGACAGGGGGUAAACGAAGAUGGUGGUGGUUCAUCACUGUGAAUCGUGAUGCUAGAUCUAAGUUUUUUUUUAAAUUAAAAAGUACUUCGUAUAUUAUAUUGCAAAGUUGGCCCACAAAAAGAGACUAAUUUACAAUAUUUCAUCAAUCAGCCUCAUUGACUGGGAUGACCUCGUAACCCUUAUACUUAUAACAUCAACGAGCCUAAUGGUUUUCUCAGCCACAUAUAAAAAUUGGUGUAUUAUGAAAUAAUCAUCGAAUUUAAAAUUAGAAAAAUAAAAAUAAAAAAGUAAGUUACCGUGUAGUUUAAAAAAAACUUCAAUCUGGAGCUGCAGUUUAAGAACUCAGCAGUAAGCAGAAACAUCAAAUUUGAUGGCUCAGAGCUUUUUCAGUGUUGCAUAUGAGUCAUAAUAUAGCAAAGUUUGUCACAAAUGGUUAUUACAAACAAGCUUUACAUUUAUAUUCACACCUUCGUUCUUCUUCUUUACCCAUCAACCAUUUCUCCUACCCAUGUCUUCUUAAAUCAUGUGCCAAGCUCAAUUAUCCUCUUCAAGGCCAAAUCAUUCAUACCCAUCUCAUUAAAUCUGGGUUUUACUGCGAUACAUACGCUGCAACUGGACUUACUCAUAUGUACAUGAAAUUUCGACAAGUGAAAUAUGCACUCAAGGUGUUUGAUGAAAUGCCUCAACGAAAUGAGGCCUCUUUUAAUGCUAUGAUUUCUGGGUUUGCUCAGAAUGGGUAUUUUGGAGAAGCUCUUGUGGUUUUUAGAGAGGUUGGGUUGAAGAGGUGUAGGCCUAAUUCGGUUAUGAUUGCUAGUGUUUUGUCAGCUUGUGAUGUUGUUGAGAAUGGUAGUCAAGUUCAUUGUUGGGCUGUAAAGAUUGGUGUUGAAAGGGAUGUUUAUGUCGCGACUGGGGUUGUGACAAUGUAUAUGAUUUGUUCCGAAGUUGUCUCGGCCACGAAAGCGUUUGGAAUGAUGAACUACAAGAAUGUGGUUAGCUAUAAUGCUUUUAUGUCUGGAUUAGUUCAGAAUGGUGUUUAUCGCGUUGUUUUGAAGGUGUUUAAGGGUAUGUUUGAGACUUCCAGUGAGGGACCUAAUGCAGUUACUCUGGUUACAGUUUUGGGUGCUUGUUCCAAUGUCACUAAUCUUCGAUUUGGAAGACAAGUUCAUGGGGUUGCUGUUAAAGUUGGAUUACAGUUUGACAUUAUGGUAGGAACUGCACUUGUAGACAUGUAUACUAAAUGUGGCUCUUGCUCUGGUUACCAUGUAUUCAGAGAAAUGAAGGGUAAUAGGAAUCUGAUUACGUGGAACUCAAUCAUUGCCGGUAUGUUCUUGACUGGUAAUUGUGAUGCUGCCCUUAAAUUGUUCUCUGAAUUGGAAUCUGAAGGAUUGGUACCAGAUUCGGCCACUUGGAAUACAAUGAUCAGUGGAUUUUCAAAACAAGGAAAAUAUGAGAGCGCAUUGCAGUUCUUCACUGUGAUGGUAUCAGAAGGAAUUGCUCCAAGUUUGAAGUCUCUUACUAGCCUUUUGGAUGCAUGUUCCAUGAUCUCAUCUCUGCAGUUGGGAAAUCAGAUUCACGCAGCUGCCAUAAGAGCUGAUAUCAGUAACGAUGAGUUCUUCACUACUGCUCUCAUCGACAUGCACAUGAAGUGUGGGCAAUCUUCUUGGGCGCGCAAGAUUUUUGACCACUACAAAAAUAAGCCUGACGACCCGGCUUUUUGGAAUGCAAUGAUUUCAGGAUAUGGAAGAAAUAGCGAAGAAGAUUCUGCAUUUGAAAUUUUCAAUCUAAUGCAGAAAGAGAAUGUCGGGCCUAAUAGCAGCACUUUUGCUAACCUGCUGACUGUCUGCAGUCAUGCAGGUCAACUUGACAAAGGGUUACAGGUAUUUGAGAUGAUGACUACAGAGUAUGGCCUGAUACCAACUCAGCAGCAUUUUGCUUGUAUCAUUGACCUGUUGGGUCGAUCUGGACACCUUCAGAAAGCUCAUGAAUUAAUACAAGAAAUCCCUGAGAUUUCUAGUUCUGUGUAUUCUUCAUUGCUUGGUGCUGCAGGGCACCAUUUGGAUCCAAAACUUGGUGAAGAUAUGGCAAAAGAACUUUCUGAGUUGGAGCCUGGAAAUCGAGCUACAUUCGUGGUUUUGUCUAAUGUAUAUGCAGCAAUGGGUAGGUGGGAGGAUGUUGAGAGAAUCAGGAAGAUGAUUGAUGUGAAGGGACUGGAGAAAUAUCCUGGCUAUAGUGUACAAAUAACCUGAAAUGAUCCUCAUAUUUACCCUGACAGGCAACCAGAGACGCCACAAUUACCAAAAGGCUAUCAGCCUAUUCUGCUAUAGCAGGAAGAUGAAGAAUCCAAUUAACAGAAAGACGUUGCAGUUCGUGAAGAGUUCUUGAAAACUUUCGACAGUCAACUGAACUAGGGGAAGCAAAUGCCACUGAAAAUGGAAAUUUCACUGCUUAAUGUGCACAAGAUUUAAGGUCCACUGUAAAUGGUUUUUCUGCUAUUCUUUGAAAUGCCACAAGAUUUUGAACGGUUGAAGGUAAAUAUUCUUAGGAGAAUUGCAGUACAAUGCUCCUAUGUGUUCGAUAACAUUGAUUUUGCUUACGAAGCAUUUGGAUGUUUAACAUGCUUUGCUCUGUUAUGCCUAUUUUUAUAUUUUCGAGUAAGGCAACAAGUGACAGAACAUUCUGAUGUACUUCAAAAUGAAAUUUCUUCUGUGCCGGUAUGUUGGAUUGAAAUAUACUCCUCAAAGUACUACAAAAGAAACUUACUGGAUGCGCCAAGCGACGUUGAAUAACUAGCCAAGGACAUGAAAUAUGCUGUGGAUCCAAUUGAACUUUUCGCUAAACAAAAUACCUAAAGGUGGAGAAAAGAUUGGGCUGGA